CUUUAGGCUUAAUUAUUCACCAAUAAAACAAAAAUGGUCACUGCAUCAAUUAAGGAGAUGACGUCGGAUUUUGUCAAGUUAGAAAGAUUUGAUGGUGGAAAUUUCAUACGAUGGCAAAAGAAGAUGCACUUCCUUCUCACAACACUAAAAGUGGCAUAUGUUCUUACUAUACCAAGACCACCAGAAGUUGAAGGGGAGGCCAUUGCAGAAACACGAGCCAGGCAAAAAUGGGACAACGAUGACUAUAUAUGCACGGGCACAUACUCAAUGGCUGAUGCACUGUUUGAUGUCUACCAAAAUGUUGCGAGCGCAAAAGAAUCAUGGGACAAAUUAGAAGCAAAAUAUAUGGCCGAGGAUGCAACAAGUAAGAAAUUUCUUGUCACUCGCUUUAAUAAUUAUAAGAUGGUUGAUGGUAGACCUGUCAUGGAACAACUGCAUGAAAUUGAGCGUAUUUUAAAUAAUUUUAAGCAACAUAACAUGCACAUGGAUGAUACCAUCAUUGUAUCUUCAAUUAUUGACAAACUCCCUCCAUCAUGA